GAAGCAAGCCUCGAUACGCGCUUCACGAAAGACUUCCUAGAUUUCUCGACACACGCUCCGAAGCCUCGGCACAGUACGACCCAUCACUAAUAUUUAAACUGUAUUGUACUGUACUGUAUUGUGUGGUCUGCACGGUUGAUCGCAAGUUGAUCGCAAGUUGAUCGCAAGUCUGUCAUCAUGCCGAUGUUCGUGGUUAAUACUAAUGUCCCGAAGGAUGCAGUUCCUGCUGGAUUAAUGUCAGAUAUUACACAGGAGCUGGCUAAAGCUAUGGGAAAACCUGCUAACUAUAUUGCUGUGCACAUCACCCCAGAUCAGAUGAUGAUGUUUGGAGGCAGUGGAGACCCUUGUGCCCUCUGCUCUCUCCACAGCAUUGGGAAGAUCGGAGGCUCACAAAAUAAGCAGUACUCCAAACUUCUUAUGGGCAUGCUUAACAAACACCUUGGCAUUUCACCGGAUAGAAUCUACAUCAACUUUGUUGACAUGGGUGCAGCAAAUGUGGCCUGGAACAACUCCACUUUUGGAUAAAGAUCAAGUUCUAACCAGAAAAAAAACAUUCCUUCAACUAGAAAAAACUAGAUACACAGCACUUAAUGUAGAUCUUUGAGACUACACAGACUGUUUUCAUAAAAUGUAUUUGUUGCCAUUUUAGUGCAUAAAAUGCACAAUAAAUAGUAAAUAUAACUAUAA